GUGAGUGGGCGUGCUUGUCUGUCUUCCAGGUCUGGUGACCCGGCCAGGGCCUUUGGCCGCCCAGCCACCCCCGCGGAGUCUGCCACAGCUGUGGUCUCAGCCGCGGCUGAGGGACUUCACCGUGGGGAGACCUCCCUUCCCUCCCGUGCCCCUGCCUGUCUCUCCUGAGGUGCUGGCUGCGCACCCGCCCCGGGCUUUACCGUCUCCGUGUCAAUCCCACAUGCUCUGCUCGGCUGCUCCUUCGCCAGCUUCCUUCAGGCUCCCCCGUGGCCUCCCCGAGCCGGCAGCACUCCGAAAGUCCUCCGGCUGGCGGCAGGGUCCGGGCGACCUUGCCUGUGUGGGGGGAAAUGACCGGCAGGCACCGCGCGCGCGGGCCUCGGGCGCCGCCAUCUUGGGGCCUGCGGGCGCCAUGGGGUCGUGGGCGCUGAGGGCCGCGCUGCUGUGCCUGGGCGGCGCCCUCGUGUACUCCAAGCUCCACACGCCCCACAGGGAUCGUCUCAUCCCGGCGCAGGAGCAGGCCAGCAAGCCAGGGCCGGAGGCCGGGGCCCCGGAAGAGGAAGAGCCCUUCACGAAGGGUUGUGGAAUAGCACCACUUAGGGGCGCAUUGGAAGGGUCUCGGAUCAUAGGAGGUACACGAGCUGCUGCUGGCGCCUGGCCGUGGCUAGUUAGCCUGCAGGUUCAAGACGGCGAUAUUCUUGUGCAUAUAUGUGGUGGUGCCUUGGUGAGAGACAGGUGGGUCCUCACGGCUGCCCACUGCACUAAAGAGGCUAGCGACCCUUUCAAGUGGAGAGCAGUGAUUGGAACCAAUGACCUCUCCCAUCGCCGCUCCCACAUCAGGAAUAUUCAAGUAGUAGCAAUCAUCAUCCGACCAGACUUCAUUCUGGAAACUUUCGUAAAUGAUAUCGCGCUGUUCCGUCUAAGGAAAGCUGUGAGGUAUAAUGGCUAUAUUCAGCCUAUUUGCCUACCUUUUGGUGUUUUCCAAAAACUGGACCAAAACACAGAGUGUUUUAUAAGUGGCUGGGGAAGAACCAAAGAACAAGGCAAUGGUACAAACAUCCUACAAGAAGCAAAAGUGCACUUCAUUUCUCGAGAGAUCUGUAAUUCUGAGAGAAGCUAUGGAGGAGUGAUCCCUAGCACCUCCUUCUGUGCAGGUCACGAGAAUGGGACCUUUGACACUUGCAGGGGCGACAGCGGUGGCCCACUCAUGUGCUAUUUACCGGAAUACAGGAGAUACUUUGUGAUGGGCAUCACCAGUUACGGCCAUGGCUGUGGCCGGAGACAUUUUCCCGGUGUCUACAGUGGCCCGGCCUUCUUCCAGCAGUGGCUCACAGACCAUUUCUCACGGGGCAGUACUAUGCGAUUGUUCCAUACAGACGUGGUGCUGGGCCAGAUCCUCGUGGCUUUAGGCCCUGUCGUCCUUCUAGGAGUGCUAUAAAGACGCUGCAGACUGUCAGUCUGUCUCUGCUGUGUUCUACACAAGGAGAUUGUUCUUCCGUGGUUUGUUGUAGUGUUCUCAUGUCAGCAUUGUUUCUUGAACAAUGUCAUAGAGGACUGUGACAGAUACACAGUUGUGAAUUUUGGCACAAAAUCACGUGCCUCCUUAGAGCCUGAUUGUUUUGUUAUUUAAUUGUAAUUCUGUAUUUGGAAUACUCUCUUAGAGUUUGUAUAAAUUAUUUAGUUCACUAUGUACUAUGUAUAAAUUAUUUAGUUCACUAUGUAUAAAUGUCAAUAAACAGUU